AUGUCGUCUGAGAAGAUCGAACAGAUUCAGGAUGAAGAAGUCAGAGGCAGUACCGGAGUCAUGGAGGCAAUUGAAAACAAAGAGAAGCCACGUCUGGCACCGCAGACGAUCCUGGCAAUUAUCUCCCUAUGUCUCUUGUAUAACUCCUAUCUCUUCACGCAAUUGAUGCCCGCCGUCAUCCUGUCGAGCAUCAAUGCAGACCUUGGACCGGAUCCCAACUAUCCGUGGAUUACUAUCUGCUGGAAUCUCGGAGCAGCAGUCAUCGUUACCGUCGGUGGCCGUCUAUCUGAUAUCUUCGGACGCCGCUGGUUUCUUAUAUCUGGUGCAGUCUUUGGUGCAAUUGGUGCAGUAGUAGGGGCCACUGGCCAGACAGUCAACCAGAUGAUCGGUGCCGGCGUCCUGAUGGGCGUCGGAGGUGGCUUUGGCGAGAUGGUCUUCGCCAGUGUACAGGAGAUUGUUCCAAAUGAACGUCGACUAUUUAUCCUAGGAUGUGUGGAAAUAUCGAACAUCCCCGCGAUGCUCAGCCCUAUGAUCGGAUAUGCCUUCAUCACGCAUGCCAAACUGGGCUGGCGAGUCUGCUACUGGUGGAUGUUUGCCUUUGAGGGCUUCACAGCCAUUGCCCUUUUUCUCUUUUAUAAGCCGCCUUCUUUUGAAACGAAGCAUCGCGACGACGGGAAGACCAAGAGACAGCUGGUGGCUGCGCUCGAUUAUGUCGGCGUCUUGCUGUUCCUGGCCGCCAUCAUCCUCCUCCUUUUGGGUCUGAACUGGGGAGGCCGUAACUUUGCGUGGAAGAGUGCUGCUGUUAUUGUCUCCAUCGUUCUCUCUGCGGUUCUCUUCGUGCUGUUGGGAUGCUGGGAAACAUAUGCCAAUCUGGAAUAUCCCAUUCUACCUCCCAGGCUGUUCAAAAAAUGGCGAGACUUCUCUUCGAUCAUCGCCGUGACGUUUGUUGGGGGAAUGCUCUACUACAGCAUGAACAUUCUGUGGCCCCGUCAGUCCACUCUUCUCUACGUCCCAGCCGGCGACUCCACAAUGCAAGGUGUAUAUGCGAACAUGGUCUCCUUUGGAACAAUCCUUGCCGGCACAAUGGUCAUCACUAUUGUACCAAGGUGUGGACACGAGCGGUGGCAGAUGAUCGGAUUCCUGGUCGUGCAGACUGGCAUGAUAGGAUCAAUGGGAUCAGUCGGCGUCCAUGACAAGGCGCAGGCCAUUGCCACGAUUAUCAUCGUUGCAGCCACAGUAACGCCACCGCAAUUCCUCGCAUUCGGCAUGAUGUCUCUCGGGCUUGAAAACCAGGCCGACAUCGGCCUCAGCCAAGGACUGUUGUGCACCUUCAGGCUGAUCGGUGGCGCCAUUGCCACAGCCAUUUACACGGCUAUUCAAACAAACACCUACAGUGGCAUUAUUGGCGAUAACGUGCGCUCCGCUGCAAGUCAGGCUGGUUUUGACGGCUCUAUAUCUGCUCUUCUCGCGGCGGCAGAGACCAAUACAGAUGCUGCGUACCAGCAAAUACCUGGGAUCACCGACCAGGCCAUGCGGGCUGUUCAAUACGCGGUUAAAGAGGCAAAUGCAGUGUCUUACCAGCGGGUCUACGAGAUUGCAGUUGUCUUUGGUGGCCUUGCCAUCCUUACAGCGCUUACGACACGGGAUAUCGACAAGAAGAAGAAGACGAGCGAAACCGCUGUUCAGCUAGAGAACCAAUCUCAGCCAGUGCAUGCGGCUGUAUGA